AUGGCCGAAACUCCCUCAAAUCGUAAACGAAGUAGCGUCCGACGUGCCAACGUGACGGCCUGUCAGCGAUGCAAGUCCCGAAAACAACGAUGUGACCAGACCAUCCCGGCAUGCUCGUCGCGUGCUCGUGUCGGAGUGCCGUGUGUAAGCGUCGAUGUAGACGGACAAUCUGUGCCUCGAAGUUAUAUCAAGAAUCUCGAGGAUCGAGUCGCCGAGCUUGAGCUUGUUCUCCGAAAUCAAGGGAUAGACGCUGAGUCCGUUGUCAGCCGAACUUCCCAAGAUGCGCUUGAAUCAACACCAGAAGCGUACAGCUCUAAUGAUCUGAGUUUACUGCGCCUGCUAGUACCCAGGCCAAAUGAUGUACAGAAUCCCGGAGACUCAGCUUACCAUACUCUCCUCGAUGCUAUCACUGUACCAGAUACUAUCAAAUUUCCUCGUAAGCAUAGCGCUAUCCAACUCACCGCCACAUACUUUGAACACUCUAAUUUCCUCGGAGGUGCCGAUGGAUAUUUCAAGUGA